GCUGAAGGACCCGGAUGUGAUUCGGCCGAGCGAUGGAGGCUGAGCGGAUCCGGGCUCCGUCCCACAUGUAAACAACACAUUAAGCGCUCUCCUUUGUUUAAGAAAAGCGAAACCCGCCUCGAUCAGGAGCAUGAGAUUAUCGCACAAGAAUCCACUCAUCUGAACACCAAAAUGUCGAUGGAAGAUCCGUUUUUCGUGGUGAAAGGAGAGGUGCAGAAGGCUGUGAACACAGCUCAGGGGCUUCAUCAGAGAUGGAUGGAGCUGCUACAGGACCCGGGUGGAGCCAGCAAGGAGGAGGUGGACUGGACCACCAAUGAGCUGAGGAACAGUUUGAGGUCCAUUGAAUGGGACUUGGAGGACUUGGACGAGACUAUCAGUAUUGUGGAGGCUAAUCCAAAGAAGUUCAAUCUGGAUGCGAUGGAGCUGGCCAAGAGGAAAGCCUUCAUCACUAGCACGAGGCAGACAGUCAGGGAGAUGAAAGACCACAUGGCUAGUCCGAUGGGAGUUACAGUGCCCGAGAUAAAAAAUCGACAGACUUUAAUGGGUGAUGGUGGGUCUCAUGGCCCAAUCUGGCAACCCAGUGCUGAUAAGUACACCAGACUAGACCGGGAGCUGCAGACGGCAAACUCACAGUUCAUCGAGGAACAACAGACCCAGCAACAGCUCAUAGCAGAUCAGCAGGAUGAGCAGCUGGAGCUGGUGUCGGGAACUAUUGGGGUCCUGAAGAACAUGUCCCAAAGGAUCGGCCAAGAGCUGGAUGAGCAAUCUGUAAUGCUGGAUGAUUUUUCACAUGAGAUGGACAGCACUCAAUCCAGACUGGAUAACGUCAUGAAGAAGCUGGCUAAAGUUUCUCACAUGACCAGCGAUCGGCGACAGUGGUGCGCUAUCGGCAUUCUUCUGGCCAUCCUGUUUGUGGUGAUCAUCCUCUUCAUUGUUCUGUGAACAGCACUCCUCCGUCCUCUGCCACUACAGCACUCCCUCCUGCGAACGCUCGCUCCAGCAAAGGUGCUUUGGAGAUAAACGAACCCUUCCUCCAUCUUUAGUCCAUGAUACAGCAGAACGCUGCUGCUUCGUAACCUUUAUGCUUUCUUCUAGACAACCCAGACCGAAAAAACGAAUGUGUAACAUGGCGUGUAAAAACAAGGGCUGUUUUUUCUCGGUUUGGCGAUAAUACGGUCUGAAUCAUUUCAUACAAGUUGUGUCGUAAUCCAGGGUAAACCAUUUCCUUCCAACAGACCAUGAUUUUAAAAUGCUUAAAGGCAUAUUUCGCCCAAAAUGAAAUGACCCCAUGAUUUACAUGACUUUUUGCUUUCAGAAGAUUACAAUUGGAGUACAUUUCCUGGCUCUUCCAAGCUUUAUAAUGGUUUUUAAUGGGAUUUUGAAGCCCAAAAAGUGCAUCCAUCCGUCAUAAAAAGCGCUCCACACCGCCCUGGGGGUUAAUACCGGCCUUCUGAAGCAAACUCAUGCAUUUGUAAACGAAAGAUAUCCUUAUUUAAAACGUAAUAAACCAUAAUCUCUGGUUUCGCUAACUGUGGUUCACGUGUUCAUGAGAGAGCGGCGUUCCAGCGGAUAGCGUAGGCGUAGCAUAAGCUCUGGUAAGAAGCAACAAACGUGGAAGCAAGGAGGAGAGAGCUAAACAAAACAGAUCACAAAUUAGAAGUACAGAAUGAGGAUUUGUGAAGAGAUCUGUUGGAGAAUUUCGAAGAAAGGCAAGAGGAGAUAGUUUUUCCUUUGAAGUAAACAAAACUUGGUUCUCGCGAAACUAGCAUAUUCUCACUGGAGUUAAUGCUACGCCUACGUCAUCUGCUGGAACGCCACUCUCUCGUGAACAUGAGUACGACAGCGUACAUUAUGGUUUAUAAAGUUUUAAAUAUGUCGGUUUUUCUUACACAAACACAACACUGUGGAGCACUUUUUAUGAUGAAUGGAUGCACUUCACUGGACUUCAAAAUCUCAACACCCAUUCACUGCCGUUAUAAAGCUUUGAAGAGCAAAGAGCAUUUUAUUAUAUAACUCCAAUUGUAUUGGUCUGAAAGAAAAAAACAUAUACACCUAGGAUGGCUUGAUCAUGAGGUAAUUUUAAUUUCUGGGUUGGUUUAGACCACUGUAAAUAAUCAACACUAAAUAACUACUAAUUUACUAAACACUGGAGUUAUAAUAAACCAGAUAUUGUUUAAGCGGGUAUGUUACUGAUUGUACUAAUGCAAAUUAGUUAUUUACUAUCAAAGUGUUUAUUUCCGUGUGCUUGGUUUACCUUUUUUUUACUUUUGAGUUAUUGAUAAUCAGUUACUAGUGAGAUUUAUUCACGCACUACGGUUUGUUUCUUUAAACUGAAUGGAAUUGUGUUUUUAACAGAAACGCUAAUGUUAAACUCUCCGCAUAACUGGCUGGAAGUCUUUAAAUAAUAGGUUAGCAAUUCAAAUAUUAACAAAAAAAUUGUGCUUUAGUAAGCAAUAAAUAUGUGAAUUGCGUGACAAUUGGUUAUUAAUCUGUAGAAAGUCUGAAAACGGAUCACUUCAGAUCAGCUGAAGUGAAGUUUUGGACCAAAUAUAUUUUAGUAUAAAAGCUAAAUUUGAGAAAUAAUGGUUAAAGAAAUAGUUCAACCGAAAAUUACAAUUUGCUGAUUUUUAUUUUUGGGUGAGCUAUUUCUUAGUUAUAAGUCACGAUUUAGCCAGUGCCUUAGCACAGACGAGGGUGAAGUUACAUUUCAUUUUUAGAAAGCCUGGCACUUGUGACAAAACGUCAGAUUGCGUUUCACAUUCUUAAACUGCUCAGCGAGGAUGUUCGUCCAGUGUUUCGAAUAUAUAUUUUCACAAGCUGACGGUUUGCGCUACAUUUCCACUGCUAGCUCAAAUGGAAACGUAUGAAGCAGCAGUCGCUAAAAUGAAAAUCAUCGUAUCUGUCGUCUCUCGACAGCACAACACUACAUAUUCUGUGAAAAACAUGAGUACAUUUAUCUUACUGGAUAUUUGUAUUUUUUUUGUUUUGUUUGUAUGUUUUAAUAAUCUCAUGGGUAAAUCACACAAAGAAAUGUUGUUUUUGACCACCAAAAUCAAGUUAAACCCCUACCCAGAAAAAUUAAAUAGUAUUUUGCAUUUGAAAAUAUGCCCUUUUUCCUGCAUUGUUAUAGCCUACAACAUUAUUUCCAUGCCAGUUAUAUACAUUUGUCAUUACUGUAAUGUAAAAAAAAUCAUGAUUUUUAUAUUUAAUAUAGUAAUAAAAGUAAUCUUGUCUUGGCUAAAUUAUUCUAAAUGUAUAACAAAUAUGAUUUAAUUUAAAAUCGAUUAAAUUUAGUAUAUUAAAUAUUACUAACUUUUCUUGUAAUUUAAUAAACAUUUUUCACAUUACAGUAAUGAGGAUUAAUAAAAUGUGCCCAAUCAUGCAAAUAAUGUCAUAAUGCAAAAAAAAACAAGUGUGAUCCUAAAAAUGUGAACUCUGGACAUUUUUGCCAGACUUGGUGUGAUUUACCCUUCUACAUGCUCAAGCUUUCUGUUUUUGAGCAAUCACACCCCUUGCUUUUCAAAAGCAAAAGGACAAAUACAGGGAAUUUGCAGUGGUUUAGUUUACUGUUUAGACAUUUCCAUCGGCCCGUAUAAUAGUGUUCAGCUGAUUCUGACUGCCCUCGGUCACAUGAUGCAGUAGGUCAGCUCUGAUUGGUUCGAAGUAUGACUGAAUCGAUUAUGCAAUUUUACGAUACAAAUAAAAUGAUGCGGUUGCACAAUUAGGUCACUGUUGUUGAGUCGCAGUGACAGAGCAGAGAGAUCAAGGUAGUGAACAGGCUCAUAAACGCUGUUCUUCCUGACUGUGUGAAUUUCAGCUGUACGUGUUCGUUUGUGAUGUUUGUUUGCUCCUGAAGAGAAUGAUAGAAAGGAGUAUAUAUUUUUUUUUAGCCCUCGUUGUUGCUCCUCGUCCCUCAUAAACUCUGUCAAACCUCCUCAUGUACCCACAAUCCCUCAGUCUGUCACUGUGUGAAGCUCUGAGCCCCAUUAAAAACAAUUCAUUGAAAAA